AGCUAUUACAUUAAAACACACAGAAAGCUAUUACAUUAAAUUUAGUUGACAAUAAUUUAAGAAUUUUACUAGCGUUUCUGAUAUUUUUGUUUACUUUUUUUAAACAUAUCUUUGUGAGUGAGAUCGAUUUUGGCACAUUGCAGCUUCCAUAGUUAUUCAUAAGCUGUCUACCUGUCUUACUGACAAUCUGUCUGCUGGAGUCUGAAGCAGCACACCUCGAAUGAAUACAUAUUACAUGUCUUUUUAGGUACUAAACAGAUUUAACACACUUAUAUAUUAGAAAGUAGAUCUUGAAGGUGGAGCAAAAUGCCACGCAUCGAUAGUGACAUCAAAUUGGAUUUUAAAGAUGUAUUAUUGCGUCCGAAGAGAAGCACGAUUAAAAGCCGAGCUGACGUUGAUCUCACAAGAGAGUUCAUCUUCCGAAAUAGUGGUCAGACUUACAAUGGAAUCCCUGUUAUGGCAUCAAAUAUGGAUACAGUUGGAACUUUUGAAAUGGCUAUUACUCUUGCCAAGUAUGGUCUCUUUACCACUAUUCAUAAACACUACUCCAUUGAAGCAUGGAAAGAAUUUGCUGCCAAUCAUCCAGACCAAUUAAGUAAUAUUGCUGCUAGUUCUGGAAUGGCAGCUGGAGAUUUGCAGAAGUUAGAAAGCAUUAUAGAAGCAGUACCAGCUCUCCGUUAUAUCUGUUUAGAUGUUGCCAAUGGAUAUUCAGAAUACUUUGUUCAGUUUUUACGUGAUGUCCGCAAGAAAUUUCCCUCACAUGUUAUCAUGGCUGGUAAUGUUGUCACUGGAGAAAUGGUGGAAGAAUUGAUCCUUUCUGGUGCAGAUAUCAUCAAAGUUGGAAUUGGACCUGGCUCAGUGUGUACUACUAGAAAGAAAACUGGCAUUGGCUAUCCCCAGCUUAGUGCAGUUAUUGAAUGUGCUGAUGCUGCCCAUGGUCUUGGAGGGCAUAUUAUUUCAGAUGGAGGCUGUACAUGUCCCGGUGAUGUCGCAAAAGCAUUUGGAGCUGGAGCAGAUUUUGUUAUGAUUGGGGGUAUGUUAGCUGGACAUACAGAGUCUGGUGGGGAGAUGAUUGAGAAAAACGGCAAAAAAUUCAAGCUAUUUUAUGGCAUGAGUUCAGCGACAGCCAUGCAGAAACAUGCUGGACAUGUUGCUGAGUACAGGGCAUCAGAAGGCAAGACUGUUGAGAUAGAAUACAGAGGAGAUGCAUCACACACCGUCCAAGAUAUUCUAGGUGGAAUACGGUCAACUUGCACCUAUGUUGGAGCAUCAAAGCUUAAAGAACUCAGCAGACGAACAACUUUUAUUCGUGUUACGCAACAGAUGAAUGAGGUCUUCUCUCCCUUCAACAAAUCCUGUUAAAUUUCUUUAAUAUUUCUAAUGUACUGAUCCAUGAGAUUUAUAAUGUUUCUUUCUAUAUUUCAACUCUUAUUAUGUUAUUACUUUUAGCUAUUUUGAAUACCAAAUCACAGGAGGAAAUAAUUUGCUGCUGCUACUACUACUGCUACUGCUACUGCUACUACUACUUCUACUACAACAACAUUUAGUUACAUCACUUUACAUUCUGAUUUCAAAUGUUUUUCUUCUUCUCAGGGUUGAUAAGUUUGCAAUAAGAACAGGAGUUCAAUUUAAUUGAUGGUACUUCCCACCAACACAUUUGUAGCCUUUUGCCAAUAUAAGAAAAUUUUAUUAAUAUUAUUAUUGUAAAGACAGUGAACUGGCAAAAUCAUUAGCAUGCCAGACAAAAUGCUUAGCAGGAUUUCAUCUGUCUUCACAGUCGAAGUUGAAAUUCUGUUGAGGUUGACUUUGCCAUUCAUCCUUUUAGGGUUAGUAAAAUAAAUACCAGUCACGUAUUGAGGUUGAUGGUAUUGACUAGUACCUUCUCACUGAAAUUACUGGCCUUAUGCCUUACUUAGUAACAAUUAUCAUUAAAGGAAGCUGAUUAGUAGAGUCAGUAGAUUUCAGUGGUAGUAUUUAGUUACAAUCUUUUACAUUCUGCUGUUGUUAACUUUGCCUUUCUUCUUUCCAGAGUCGAUAAAACAGAAUACCAGUUAUGUACUGGGGUUAAUUUAAUCAACUAACCCUUCUAUUAAUGUUUCUGGCCUUGUGACUAAAUCAAAAACAAUUAUUAUUAUUACCUAAGGCAAUGGUGAGCUGGCAGAAUCAUUAGAGCAUUAUAUUCUGAGUUCAAAUUCUGCCAAGGUCAACUUUGCCUUUCAUUCGUCCAGGGUCGAUAAAGUAAAGUACCAGUUAAGUGGGGUUGAUGUAAUUGUCUAUUCCUCCUUCCUAAAUUGCUGGCCUUGUGCCAAAAUUGAAGUCGUUUUGGGGUCGAUGAAAUAAGAACCGGUUGAACACUGGAGUCAAUACAACCGACUAAUCCCUUUCUUAAAAUUUCAGGCCUUGUGCCCAUAAUAGAAAGCAUUAUUAUUAUCAUUAUUAUUAUUAAGGCAGCAGGCUGGCAGAAUCAUUAGCAUGCCGAAUGAAAUGCUUAACAGUAUUUUGUCCAUUGCUAUGUUCUGAGCUCAAAUUCCACUGAGGUUGACUUUGCCUUUCAGCCUUUUGGGGUCGAUAAAUUAAGUACCAGUUGAGCACUGGGGUUGAUGUAAUCAACUUGCCACUCCCCUCCUCCUAAAUUUCAGGGCUUGUGCCUAUAGUAGAAAGAAUCAUUAUUAUCAAAGAAUCAUUAUUAAUUAAUUAAUUAUUCUAAAUACAUCUUGCAAUUAAAUACUGGUUUAGAUUGGAUUUGUAUAGUUUUGAAAAAUUUAAACUUGAUUAUAUUAAAGGAUAUAAAAUGCAUAUUCAGUUAUGCUUACAAAUGCAAUCACUUACACACACACAUAUAUGCACACACCCAUACAAAUAUACAUACACAUAAGCACAUACACAUUCACAUACAAACACACAUAUAUAUAUAUAAAACUAGUACACAAACAAGACAAAGAAAGGAUGUCACUGUUUAAAAUUGU